AUGGCUUUGACGGAACACAGCUCGGAGCUGCACACCUUGCUCGACAAGCUUGAUGACCUAUGGGAGCAGCACCUCAACCUCGUAGAUGUAUACCAGGAGGCUCAGACUGCUUUGGCCAAACACUUGAGCAAGGGCCACUUCUCCCUCGCCCAGGCGAACUUUAGAUCUCCUGGUCGAGGUCGCUACGGAAAGGACUAUUAUGACGAACGUAUGAAGCCAUCCAGAGUAGCUCGUAUCAAAGAGAGUAAGGACGGCCGCCUGGAACUCUCCGUUCACGAGACGAAGAUAAGGACGAAGACAGUGCCUUCCGCCACGAUAGCUCUGGAGAAGCUGUCCCUAGGUGCAUCUGCGCAGUUACCCACGCCUUCCAACAGUCCGGAGCCAGAGGCAGAGAAACCAGAAGCGGAAUCUGGUGACCACGACGAACCAGAUGAGACGACCAAGGAUGAUACUGUCCCAGAAGCACAGUCGACUCCGCGAGAUCCACUACACUGGUUCGGCAUACUUGUCCCACAGGAGCUACGAGCGGCACAGUCGUCCUUCUCUACUGCUACGGACGGACCAGUGAUCGAUGCUGUGAAUGCAUCUCGUCGACUGCGUGAGUCAGAGGUUGAGAUUGGAAGGACAAGGAAGUCGAUUAAGAAGGCUGAAAAGGCUACGACUGGGUUGCGCGAACAGUCUGCUCAAGUGGUAUAA